UGGGGUUUGUGAUCAGACCCACCAUUCAUUUCAGUCCUCCCUCUCUCUCUCUGUCUUCCUGAACUUGAGAUAUGAGCAGAAACGAAGAAGAAGAGAGUAAGAAAGAGAAAGCAAACCCCCCAUCACGCCCCCCAUGAGUUGAGUACAGUCAUUCAUUCAUAGCCAAACCCAACACUAACCGAGAGAGAAAGAAGAGAGAGAGAGAGAGAGAGAGAGAGAGAGAAGGAGACAAACAGAGCAGACACACAGACAGAGAGACAGCCGGGAGGCGCUGCUGCUGCAAAGCAGCUGCUCACUCAGCCACGCCAGUAAAAGCCCUUCCCCUUCCCUCUCAUCCUCCCAAGAUAGAAACAACACAACACAACACAACACACAGUUUUAGAGAGAGAGAGAGAGAGAGAGAAUUGAAUUCCCAUGGCGGCGUCGCAGUGAGCCGAAGGGCAGAGGGCUGCAAUUUGCCAUCCCCCCAAAUUAAUGCCCAUUACUGCAUCAUCGACGGGACCCUCGAAGCAAAGGGUACUGCAGCUAGUCCUACCUAGAGCAAAUUCUUCCUCCCGUUCCCUCCCCCGGCGUUUUACGUGAUAUGGGUUGUCGGAGCCGGGCGGCAACAGCGACAGCGACAUCAUCCUUGUCAUGGCCGGUUUCUUCUCUCUAGGAGGCGGCGGAGGCUGUGGCGGUCGGCCCCCCUCGUCCGAUCACACCCACCGCCGCCCUGAGGACGACGACAAUCCCACACCCAACCCCACCGAGACCUGGUUCUGGCCGUACGGUAGCAGGGCAGCGGCCGCGGCGGCUGCGCAGAGCCACCAGCAGCACGAGCACGAGCACGAGCAAUGGAUUCAGCAGCAGCAGGGGGAAGGAGAAGGAGGGUUUGUUACGGUUCGGCAGGAAGCAGCGCAUCAGCAGCAGCACCACCAGGUGGGUUGGGGGCCGGGGCCGGGGCCGAGCAGCAGGCCGUCGUGGAUGAACGCGUCGGAUGAGAGCAGCUCAAGAUCGACGGGGUCGGCGAGGGGAGGGGUGAGCUGCUUGGACUGCGGGAACCAGGCCAAGAAGGAUUGCGCCCACACGAGGUGCCGCACCUGCUGCAAGAGCCGCGGCUUCCACUGCCCCACCCACGUCAAGAGCACCUGGGUUUCAGCAGCAAAGCGCCGCGAGCGCCACCAGCAGCAUUUCGGCGCCCUCAAGCAUGAGCAUGACCCCCUCCACUUCCGCCACGGCAGCGGCGCCAGCAGCAGCGGUGCAGGAUUAUUAGAGCCCCCUAAGCGUGUCCGCGAAAACCCCUCCUCCGGCCUGCUUGCCACCACCUCAGCAGGGUUGGAGCUGGGAAACUUCCCGGCAGAACUAACCUCCACAGCACUUUUCCGGUGUGUUCGGGUCAGCCCGACGGAUGAUCCUCAGGAGCACUAUGCAUAUCAGACGGCCGUGACCAUUGGGGGCCACGUAUUCAGAGGCAUCCUCUAUGACCGCGGGCCCGAAUCCACUUACGUGGGUGGUGGAGAGAGCUCAUCGGGCGGUGGUAGUGGCAGCGGAGUGGCCGCUCAGCCACACAACCUAGUAACUGUGGCCGCCACUGCAGCUGAGAACAGUGGCAUGCCGCCCUCAGCCACUGCACUAUAUGAUCCUAACUCGUCCAUAUACACCGCUGCCCCGCUUAAUCCUUACAUGGGUACGCAAUUCUUCCCACACCAAAGAUCUUAAGAUCGAAGAACACAAAAUUCUUCACUCAGUCUAUUUUUAUUAGUUAGAUAUUAUUUGGCCUUGUAUGUCUAGAUUUAGUCCAGGCAUUUUACUAUAUACUGUUGUCAUUUAAUAUAGUUGAAAUACUUUUAAAUUAUUUUGACAGUUCCUCUUGACAAAGCCUUUAAACUUAGCUUAAAAACAACGAGAUCAUCAGAAGAGAUUGAUUGAUCAAAA